AUGGCGGUCGUCGUUGAACAAACCAUUCCUUUCGCGAGGGAACAGCUCGAUACCGAGAAUACCACGAGAUGGAAUGCACUAUACCCAUUGAUCCGACCUUCCAUCGGCGCAGUCAAGACCAAAGCAGGCCAAACAGUGCUCGUAGAUCAGACACUCGCAAACGACAAAUUCGCCAGAGUCGUGGUGGUCGGAAGGGCUGGCAACUUAUCGAGCAAGUUGCUCUCGGACAAGCACAUCACCGCCGUUGUCACCGACGUUGACAGCAGUAGCAAUUGUUCGAGCAAGGACCUUGCAAAGGCGAUCAAUGACGCUGGACACCGGCAACAAGCUGGCAUAGUCAUCCUGCGAGCGGGCAAGCAGAGGAGUUUGACAAAGGUCGAGGACGAAGUGAUAGAGGUCGGACUUGAGAGUGACUUGGAAGUGGAUCAUUUGAUUCAUCUUCUUGGUGCUGCCACAGCUACAACAAGAUCUUCAAUCGAGACAACCUACGAAGUCCUGAAGACCUUUCUCAAUACCUCGACGACCGUGGCUGCGACGUUCCAGACAGGAAAGGAAGGUGGUCGACCAGCGAUAUUCAACACCGAAGGAGAGUCCAGUGGUUACGAAGAAGCAAGACAUGCUAUUGAAGAGGCGCUAGAACGUGUCUUGGGACCACAUCUCGAGCAGAAGGACGGCAUCACCCAUUCCGUGCAUUACUCAGACAUCAAUGGAAAUUCCGGCUUGUCUUACCGCCUGUCCACCUCAACAAUUCUGCAACAUGCAAACCUAGCGAGAGGGUUCUCCAUAUCAGCCUGUCCGAUUUCCAGUCAGAACCUUGAGGCUCAACCUGAACCGACAAACCCGCUUGCCGAUGAAACCACCGAAGGCAGCAACCUGACCAAAGUCGACUCGCGAUACAUGAAGUUCACCGAUCAUGGAGUCCGCAGCCGUAUCGAGAAUGGUUGCGAGGCAGUGAUCAAAGAAGAAGCAACCAUCACUCGGUACGAUGAAAUCGUCGGCGAUGGUGAUUGUGGCUACACACUCCGCGACGGCGCAAAACAGGUUCUCAAGUUUAUUGCAAACAGAGAUCUCUCAGAGCUACCCCAGACGCUGAGUGAGCUUGUGCACGACCUUGAGGUGAACAUGGGAGGCACGUCUGGAGCAUUGUAUUGUAUCUUCUUAACUUCGCUAUCAUCGGCUCUGGCUUCGACUGAAUCUGUGGCGACGGCACUGUCUGUUGCCAUGGAGCAGUUGCUGAACUACACACGAGCAAGACUGGGGGACAGAACGAUGUUGGACUGUCUGAUACCUUUUGUUGAGACUUUGAAGUCGACUGGAGAUGUUGAAAAAGCUCUUGCUGAAGCAGAGAAAGGAGUGGAAAGCACAAAGAAUCUGGAAGCCAAGCUCGGUAGAAGUACGUACUUGGACGAGAGUGCGACCAGGGGUGUGCCGGAUCCUGGUGCUUAUGGCUUGCUUGUGUUGUUGAAAGAAUGUUGA